GCCCAAGGUCGGCUCCGCGGGGGGGGAGGGAAGGGGUGGGUCCUGUGACGUCAGCGAGUCCGAGCUGCCAGAGAGAAGCCUGGGGCCGGGGGCGCCGAGCGGGGAGAGCCCGGCCCCGAGAGCAGAGCCGCGGGAGCAGAGCGGGCGGGAACCGGCCGGGAGCCGGAGCCCCUCAGGCACCUGCUCGACCGCCCAGCCGAUCGGCGCUCACGGAGUGGCCCGCAGGCCCCCGCCCGGGCCCAGUCCCACCCCGGGCCCCCCCAUGGCCCGGGCCGCAGCCCUCUCGCCGUCGAGAUCGUCGCCGACGCUGCCACUCCUGCCGCUGCUGCUGCUGCUGCUGCUGCUCCGGGAAACCGGAGCCCAGGAUGUGCAAGUUCGAGUGCCGCCCGAGGUGCGGGGCAACCUGGGGGGCACCGUGCAGCUACCGUGUCACCUGCUGCCGUCGGGACCGGACGUCAGAGUCUCGCAGGUGACGUGGCUGCACGUGGACGCAACCGGCACCAGCAGGAGCGUGGCCGCCUUCCACCCUUCGUACGGGCCCAGCUUCCGCAGCCCAAAGCCCGGUGAAGAGCGGCUGUCCUUCGUCACCGCCGGGCAGAGCAGCGGGACCAGGCAGGGCACGGAGACGGAACUGCGGGAUGCCACGCUGGCCCUCCGGGGACUGACGGUGGAGGAUGAAGGCAACUAUACCUGCGAAUUUGCCACGUUCCCCAGUGGCACCAGCCGGGGGACGACCUGGCUCCGGGCCAUAGCACAGCCCCAGAACCACGCCGAAACACAGGAGGUCACCCUGAGCCUGGAACCUGUGCCCGUCGCCCGCUGUGUCUCCGAGGGGGGCCGGCCACCCGCCCGAAUCUCCUGGUUCUCGCCCCUGGACGGAGAGGCCAUAGAGAGCCAGGUGUCCGGACCUGUGCCCGGCACAGUCACCGUCACCAGCCGCUUCACCUUGGUGCCCCUGAGUCGAGCGGAUGGUGUCAAGGUCACCUGCAAAGUGGAGCAUGAGAGCUUUGAGGAGCCCAUCUUGCUGCCCGUUACCCUCUCCGUGCGCUACCCCCCUGAGGUCUCCAUUUCCGGCUAUGAUGACAACUGGUACCUCGGCCGCAGCGAGGCCACCCUGAACUGUGAUGUCCGCAGCAAACCAGAGCCCACAGGCUACGACUGGAGCACGACCGCAGGCGUCUUCCCAGCUUCCGCAGUAGCCCAGGGUCCCCAGCUGAUCAUCCACUCGGUGGACAAACUCGUCAACACCACGUUCAUCUGCACCGUCACCAACGCCGUGGGCACGGGUCGUGCUGAGCAGGUGGUCCUCGUCCGAGAGACCCCCAACACAGCAGGCGCAGGGGCCACGGGUGGCAUCAUUGGGGGCAUCAUCGCUGCCAUCAUCGCCACCGCUGUGGCCGCCACAGGUAUCCUCAUCUGCCGGCAGCAGCGGAAAGAGCAGAGGCUGCAGGGGGCAGAGGAGGAUGAUGAUCUGGAGGGGCCUCCCUCGUACAAGCCACCAACCCCCAAGGCGAAGCUCGAGAAGCCAGAGAUGCCCUCCCAGCUCUUCACUCUUGGGGCCUCGGAGCACAGCCCGCUCAAGACUCCCUACUUUGAUGCUGGCGUCUCAUGUGCUGAGCAGGAUAUGCCUCGAUAUCAUGAGCUGCCCACCUUGGAAGAGAGGUCAGGGCCCCUGCUCCUGGGGGCUACAGGCCUGGGGUCCCCCAUCCUGGUGCCUCCAGGGCCACCUGCUGUGGAGAGGGUUUCCCUGGACUUAGAGGAGGAGGAGGAGGAGGAGGAAGACUAUUUGGACAAGAUCAACCCCAUCUAUGAUGCCCUGUCCUACUCUAGCCCCGCUGAUUCCUACCGGAGCAAAGGCUUUGUCAUGUCCCGAGCCAUGUAUGUGUGAGCUGCCGUGGCCCUGGCCUCUUGCCUCUCACUUUUUGAUCCCUCAACUUUCUGCCAGGCCAGGCCACUGUCAGUUAACACACAAAAAUGCAUCUCACCUGUGACUUCUACUUCGGUGGCUCCACGAUGACCUCUAAUCCAUGAUCUCUGACCCAGAGAAACCAGUCAUGACAACAGAAACCUGGCGACCUUAUCUCAGGUGGGGGUGGG